AUGCAGAUGGAAUGUGUUCAGUUUGAUGGCCUGGACUUGAGACUAAAGCCAACUGAGCUUGACGUUUCCCAGGAGGACCUGAUCGAAAGCAAUGACAAUGUUAUCAUCGAAUGGCUGGAUUACCUCAUGGAGUUUCCCAAUGUCACCGUGUUUGAGCAGUUGCGAGAUUUAGAGCUCCGGCGCUGGCUCGACAAUCGCACGUAUCGAGUGAAGGUCAGCUUUAUGACAUACAACUCGUAUUAUGAUAUGCUCACCACAACUAGCAUCCACUUCAUGUUCGGAAUGUCAGGACGACCUUGGAAGCAGAUCACACACAGGUCUGUCGUGCUGGAGUCCCAUGCUGAUUUUGUGAGCUGGCUGUACGAGGUGCUUUUUUUCGGCCAUAUCCUCAUACUAUUCUUGAAUGAAGGUUACGAAUCGAUAGCUUGCCUGCGAGAGCACAAGUGCAAUUUCGUAAAAGCUUGGAAGUCCUAUUGGAAUUUUUGGAAUGUGGUGGAUUGGGUCUCCAUUGUGCUAGCCUUUGCGAUCCUGAUAACCUGGAUCACGCAGAACGUCGGACAGGCGGAGUUGUCGACCACACUCCAGUCCUACAUCGGCGUGCACUCUGCUUGCCGGGCAUCCUUCAACACGUCAAGCACAGAGUGUUUCAACGCAAGAGCUUUUGAUCAACAGCUCUUCGACGACAUGGAACAACUGGGAUUCGUGAUCAGGGCAAACCGCUGGAUCUCCGGAUUUUACCCCGUCUGCAUCAUGAUGCGAUUGUUCAAAGCCUUUGCUGCGCAGCCUCGGUUAGCAAUCGUAACGAAGACUCUGGCCCUGGCUGCCAACGACCUGACGCAUUUUGGGAUUGUUUUCCUCUCCAUCUUCUUUGCCUAUGUGGCCAUGGGCAUGGCGUUCUUCGGACGGGAGGUGGAGUCCUUUGCUUCCUUUGACCGAGCAUCUCUGGCCUUGCUACGUGCCUUGAUGGGCGACUUCAGUGUCGAAGACAUGGAGUUGCGCGGCCGACCCGUGGCCUUCUUCUUUUUUGGCACCUACAUGAUGGCUGCUGUUUUGUUGCUGCUGAAUAUGCUCAUCGCCAUCCUGAUGGAUGUCUAUGGACAGGUGGCAGCUGGAUCGCGAACCAGCGAGUCCCUCUGGCACGAAUGCUAUGACAUCAUGCGGCGUGGAAUGCAGAAGUGGACAGGCGGCCACACUCCUCUCAGUGAGGUGGUGAAGAAGUAUGUGGAGUCUCGUGGAGAGGAAGCGUGGGAAAGUGACAAGGUGAUCUAUGUCAGUGACGUCCUGGCUGCAGUUCCAGGACUGGAUAAACGCCAGGCGGAGGAUGAGAUGACUUCCGCACUCGAGGAGUAUGCGCAGGAGAAUGCUCCUCACAUCGAGAUAGCAGAGGUGAUCUCCACUAUGGGGAAGUAUUUGGCUCCCAAAACAGAGUCGGAGGUUCCACCGCUGAGAAAUGUCAUAGAUGUGACCAGGAACGGAAGUGUGGCGGGAGAUGAGAAUGUGUCCGAAGCUGCGGCAGAGCUUGUACGGGCAGGAUUAUCUGUUGAAGUCCUCCUGCGUGCUGCGGGUAUUGUUCUUGAUACCACUUCGCAGAGGCGUGCCAACGGCGAAGCACAAGUCUCUGCCUUGCGCCACAUCGUUUCGUCUGCAGAGCUUCUGUGCAAUGAAGACAAGACAGUCAUGAUGUGCCAACUCUGA